AUGGUCAACCCGUAUCUAUGGAUCGCCAUAGUCGGCGGCAUUCUUGCCUUCCUCACGGGAUGUGGUGUUGGAAUGAAUGAUCUUGCCAAUGCCUUUGGCACCACAUACGGAGCCCGCAUCUUGACGCUGCCCCAGAUUGUCGUCGUUGCCGCUGUCUGUGAGUUUGCUGGAGCCGUUUCCCUUGGCGCCGCGGUGACCUCGACGAUCUCCGGUGGCAUCGCAGACCCGUCAAUGUUUGCCAAUGAGCCGUAUAUUCUGAUGUACGGCAUGUUGUGUGCACUCGGCGCUGCCUUUGCGUGGCUUGUACUCGCGACUAUUCUGAGUCUUCCUGUGUCGUCAACGCACAGCAUUGCGGGUGGGAUUAUGGGGUUCGCGCUUGUGUACGGUGGCGGUGGCGCUGUGUCGUGGGCGAAGAAGCAGGAUGAUUUCCCUUUUGUGGCCGGAUUUGUUCCCAUUGUUGUGUCGUGGUUCAUCUCACCCCUGUUCACCGGGAUUGCCGCCGCGAUUAUAUACGGGCUGGUGCGUUUCCUGGUAAUGCGUCCUGCGAACUCGGUGCAGCGGGCGGUGUACUCCAUCCCGAUCAUUGUUGCCGUGGCGUUCUUCCUGGAGUCUUUCUUUGUGCUGUUCAAGGGAGCCAAAGAGCGUCUCCACUGGGAUGUGAAUAAGGCCGCCUGGGUGGCUGCUAUCAUUGGUGGCGGCACCGGUCUCAUUUCGAUUGCGUUUAUUCCGUUGGUGCGGCGCCGUGUGAGAAUAAUGACAGAAAAGGCUGCACGGCAGGCGGAGGAGCAGGGGGCAUCGCCAGAGGAGGUGGAGCGGGAACUCGUUGAGGGUGAGGAGCAUAGCCCUGCUUCUGCUGCUGCUGCUGCUUCUGCUGAGGACUGCAAUGCGGGUAACCGCCAUGCCGACGGAACGGACGACGUGGCCGCUGCAAAUCCGGCAGUGCCUGAUGAUGCAUCCGCUAAGAAAUCGAACGAGCCGCUCACUGGUGCUGUUGUGGGUGAUACAGAAAGCAGCGGGAACGGCAGCCACCGGGGUGGGGAGGACCUGCCCAAGUUUGACGUUCAAAUCUACGACAGCCGCGCAGAGCUUGUGUUCCGGUACUUGCAGGUGUUCACGGCGAUCUGCGCAUCGUUCGCGCACGGUGCAAGUGAUGUAAGUAAGGCUGUUGGACCAUUCGCCACCAUCUACUCAGUGUAUCAGAACAAGAGUGUGGUACCGAAGGUUGAUAUCCCCAUAUGGAUUCUGUGCCUCGGUGGUGCUGGCCUGGUGGUUGGUCUUGCCACGUUUGGCCUGAGGAUCAUGAAGCUGCUUGGUGAGCGUGUGACGAAAAUCACCCCGAGCCGUGGCUGUUGUGCAGAACUCUCCACCGCACUCGUUGUCUCGUUUGCCUCUGGUUACGGCGUGCCAAUCUCGUCUACUCACUGCAUCACCGGCGCUGUGAUUGGGAUCAGCAUGAUGGACGUUGGUUUCUGGAAUGUACGCUGGAUUAUAAUUGCCAAGCUUUACGCCGGCUGGAUCAUGACCGUUGUCAUCACCGGUUCACUCUCUGCAGUGUUCUUCGCACAGGGCAUCUACGCACCGAGCAUAUCAGCGUAG